GAGAAUGGCCAUGCAAAUAUAUCCAUGGUGGGUCUCAAGAUGGAACCCUGUGUGGUCCCCCAUUGCCACCUUGGGCCAUGCUCCCCCAGUCAAAGUCAACAGAAACUCCAGGCUCGGCGGAAACUCAGUAUUGCCUGUCUGGUCUGCUUUCUCUUCAUGGUUGGAGAAGUCAUAGGUGGAUACCUGGCACACAGCCUGGCCAUCAUGACAGAUGCAGCCCACCUGUUGACAGACAUGGGCAGCAUGGGCGUCAGCCUCUUUUCACUCUGGGUCUCUACUCGCCCAGCCACCAAGACCAUGAGCUUUGGCUGGCACCGCUCAGAAACGCUGGGUGCCUUGGCUUCUGUCCUCUCUAUCUGGAUUGUUACAGGAGUGCUGGUCUACCUAGCUUCAGCCCGCAUAAUCAGCAACGACUAUGAGAUUGAAGCCUCUGCGAUGCUGGGCACUUCAGCCUGUGCAGUGGGAGUGAACAUCAUCAUGGCCUACCUUCUGCAUCAGUCAGGUUCUGCACACAGUCAUGGACUCAGCACAGGGGGCUAUGAACAGAUUGAGGAGAGCACCUGUGGCCCCUCCAUUCCCACCCAUAGCAACACCAGUGUCCGAGCGGCUUUUGUACAUGUGGUGGGGGACCUGCUUCAAAGCAUUGGGGUCUUUGUGGCUGCCACUGUCAUCUACUUCAAGCCCCAAUAUAAGAUUGCUGAUCCAGUGAGUACUUUCCUCUUCUCAGUCUUUGUGUUGGGCUCCACUUUAACCAUCCUUCGUGAUGUCUUUCGAGUACUCAUGGAAGGGGCACCACGAGGUGUGGAGUUCCAAGCAGUUAAGGAAACACUGCUGUCUGUCAAAGGUGUGAAGGAUGCCCAUAAUCUGCAUCUUUGGGCUCUAACUCUGAGCCAUCACGUUGUGACUGUACAUGUAGCUGUUGAAUCCAAUGCUGACAUGGAGGCUGUGCUACAAGAAGCCACAGCCCUGCUACAGAGCAAGUUUGGCUUCUUCUCAUGCACCAUUCAGGUGGAGCGCUACCUGGACGACAUGGCCACCUGCUGCCAGUGCCAGGACCCACAGGACUAAGGGCAGUGCUACUCUGCUCUGCCUUUCUUUUCUCUUCAACUGCCAGUCCCAGGAGGUGCCUGGAUAUCCUGGGCCAGAAGCAGGGACCAGUCUGUUUUGCCAUUCACAGCAAAAGCCUCCUCUCAAUGCAUGUUCAACCAGCAUAUGCAGGAAGUGGCAGAGCACCAGGGGUAAUUGUCUGCCCAGCCAGGGAGGCCUCCAUAGAAGAGUUGAUGGUGGUUGAGCAUCCGUUUCAGGCUCAGCCUUGCCUCUUUAUAUCAUAUUCCAGUCAGGUGGGGGCACAACUGCUUCCCAUGUUCAUUUGCUAAGUGUGUCAAUGUGCAAAUCCAACAGAAAUGGGGAUGUGGUGGCAAGGCCUUUAAGCACCUGUAACACUCUCCCCAUUUGCUCUGAGAUGAAAAGCUGUUGUGUUUUCAGUCUUGGGUAACCUGGUGCUUG